AAACCAGCCAUGUCGACAAUUUUCUCCAACUUCUGUGGCUCCAAUACCACGUAUCUCAAUUUCUCCUUUCGUAUAAAUAUCCAUAGCCGUUAGUCCCUGUUAAGAGAUACAUUACAACUUCUCUUGUCAUUACUGGAUAACAAAAACAAGAAAAAAAGCCCAAAAUGGAAAACAAACAACACAUGCCACUUCUGACCCCUUACAAAAUGGGAAACUUUCAGUUAUCUCAUAGGGUUGUCUUGGCACCAUUAACAAGGCAGAGAUCAUAUGGAAAUGUUCCUCAGCCACAUGCUAUCCUUUAUUACUCACAAAGAACCACAAAAGGGGGUCUUCUAAUAGCAGAGGCCACAGGAGUUUCUGACACUGCCCAAGGGUACCCAGAUACACCUGGUAUAUGGACAAAGGAGCAAGUUGAGGCCUGGAAACCAAUUGUAAAUGCAGUCCAUGCCAAAGGAGGAAUUUUUUUUUGUCAAAUUUGGCAUGUUGGGAGAGUUUCCAACACAGGUUUUCAGCCCAAUGGACAGGAUCCUAUCUCCAGCACAGACAAGCCAUUAACACCUCAAAUUCGUUCCAAUGGCCUAGAUGUUGCACAAUUUACACCACCACGGCGGCUGACAACAGAUGAAAUUCAGAUUGUUAACGACUUUCGGCUGGCUGCUAGAAAUGCCAUUGAAGCAGGAUUUGAUGGGGUUGAGAUCCAUGGAGCUCAUGGCUAUCUAAUCGACCAGUUUAUGAAAGACCAAGUCAAUGAUCGAACCGACCAAUAUGGAGGGUCUUUAGAGAACCGUUGUAGAUUUGCACUAGAAGUAGUUGAAGCGAUUGUAAAUGAGAUAGGAGUUGACAGAGUUGGAAUAAGGCUUUCCCCAUUUGCUAAUUAUAGUGAAUCAGGAGACUCAAAUCCAAGUGCUUUGGGCCUUUACAUGGCUGAAUCCUUAAAUAAGUAUGGCAUUGCUUACUGCCACAUGGUUGAGCCUAGGAUGAAAACAGUUGGGGAAAAAGUUGAAUGUGCUGAAAGCCUUGUACCCAUGCGGAAGGCAUUUAAAGGUACUUUUAUGGUAGCUGGUGGUUAUGAUAAAGGAGAUGGAAACAAAGCUAUCGUUGAAGACCGAGCUGAUCUUGUCGCAUAUGGGCGUAUAUUCUUAGCCAAUCCAGAUUUACCAAGGCGAUUUGAGCUAGAUGCUCCUCUCAACAAGUAUAACAGGGAGACAUUCUAUAUAUCUGAUCCUGUUGUUGGCUAUACUGACUAUCCAUUUCUAGAAACCACGGCGUGAUGCCAAGGAAGGAUUGGAUACCCUUUUUUGGGUACGGGUGGGGGGUUUGUCAAAUACUUCAUAUGUUUCACAAAAGAAGUGAUCGAUUAAUAAAGACCACUAGCAUUUUCUUCAGUUGUUUAGUAGUUUCAUUUACAUUUUACAGUUGUAAUCUUCCGGUUUUUGUGAUCAAUAUACUAAAUAAUUCCUUA